GAGGGCUGCACAGCUUCGGUGGUGGAUGAGCGAAGUCCGACGGUUCAAACAUUUGAAGAUGUCGGAGCAAGCUUUCGCAUGGUCCGUGCACGGCGGAGAAGAUCAUCACCGUACAAGACAAUUCGUGAACCUCACCUCUGUUAGGCUCAGCGCUGAGAGAGAUCCGUAAACACGCGGGGGUUUGGGACGGAAACUUUGCAACAUGUCCUCUAUUUCCCGGGGGCUCUACAGCUUCCUCUGCCAACAAUCACUCCGUCUCCCCUCCUCUAUACGGGUCUCUCUCUUUUCGAGUCGAACACGAUGCGUGAACGGGUGCGCCGCUUCCAAACUUACGUCUUCUCCCCUUCUGCGCCACUAUGUCAAACCAUCAAGAAUACUGCAAUCAAUGGCUAGACCCACAUAUCUUUCACGUCUGGAGGCAGACCCAGCCAUACGGACUGUCUUGUUGACCAAGAAACCUGUUCUUCUUUACGAGGGCGCGCCCAGCUUCAAAUACACCAUCAAAGUCUAUCUUUUAGCGGGCGCAACAAUGGCAGCUGGCCUCUAUUCACUCAAAUUCUCCAAGUUUGUUAGUGAAAGAAAAGGCCUCGUCGGCUUUGAACAUUACACAUAUGUCUUCGUAGGAAUCUGUCUUCUCGCCAUUGGGACGUAUAUAUGUUCCUUUCCCGUCUCGCGAUGUACAUCCAUCGAGCUGAUCCCGAGCACGAUUCCCCAUGCCGCCGUGCAGUUCCGCAUACGGGCUCGGACUGCACCCUUCCUUGCAGACAAGGUGAUUGUGGCCAAUGUGGGGGAAGUCACAAUAAGCCAGAAGACGAGCCCGGUCGCAGCGGAAUUGAUUGCGGCCGACCGGUACAGAGCGCAGAGAAUCACUGAGGGCCUUGAGAGCGAGUUCUUUCUCAACCGCUGGUUUGAGAUCGCGACUCGCUUUGUAGAGAAGAGAUGGACGUCAUUCUUUCUCAAUUUCAAGUUUGCCGUCACCAAGUUCCGUUACGUUCCCAUUGAGGUUCACGGUGACAAGUGGAAGGUUGACUGCUCGGCGUACCUGCGCGAGGAUGGUCAAGCGCUGGAUCGUCUGAUUAGAGUGGAGUAAAAGCCACUUAGAACUGGUUGAGUCGCUCCCUUUCAGUUCUGCCGUCGUCGGAGAGGGGCCACUGCCAUGCAAGGAGAAUGAUCUUGUAUAAUGUAUCGGUCUGGACACACUUAUGGAAUGCCAAAGGAAGGUCGUUGAGUCGCAAAGAGUUGCAGACUUCUCAUUCUGCAGGGUACGGGCCUGGGCGAUUGGGUGUACUGCCUGGGCACAUAUCGCUAGGGCCCAAUUGUACAACAUGUUUACAUAGGGUGAAUGUAUCAUUACAUAUCCGGAUGAGUUCAAGGUGUCUAGAUCGAAGGAUCAACCAUAC